ACACACGCUUCCCCCUUUUUUAUUUGUUUUAAUGUAUUUCUGAAAUAUCCGAUUCACGUGUACAACACUGCCCCGGAAUCAUCGGUUUGGCUUUCUGUCCUCCAACACAGAAGAAGAAAGUUCACGGUAACUAGGCAACCAAAAGAGAAGCUCUAGCUAACCUAACUGGCGUCGAGAAAGAAACCAAUAAAAACCACUAAACAUCACCACGAUGUCCUGUGCCACCGAUAACAACUGCAAGCCCAAGUCCAUGAGCAGAGCCAGAGGAUGGACGGCAGAGGUGGAAAAUCUGUUCAGAUUCCAGCAGGCCGGCUACCGAGACGAAAUGGAGUACGUUCAAGUUAAACAAGGGGCCUCGGUGGACAAAUGGCCCGAGAGCGGCUUCGUGAAGAAGCUCCAGCGUCGAGACGACACGUUUUAUUACUACAGCAGGAAGAGGGAGUGUGAGGACCGCGACGUCAACAAAGUCAAAGUCUAUGCUUAUUAAGGUGUUCUGGACUCCACCCACUUCUCACUAUGACGAAUAGAUAUGAAACGACCUGUCAACACACACUGGAGGCACAGGUGCACCCCCUUUGAAAGAAGAAGGUGACCUCUCUGUUUGGUUUUCAAUAAAGGACUUUUUUUUUAAAACUG